CGCAGGCUUGACAAUAAUUAGUUUCCAGCCAGGAGGAGUCAUCAGAAUGCAUCACCCACCUGGGCCGAAACCAGUGCAGGCUGCCUGGCGCCAAACUGCCAGGAAGAGGAGUCUCAGGAGUUUCGCUUGGAAAGAGAAAGGGUUCCCAGCUAGCAGAACCUAUCACCUGCCAGCUUUGUUGAUUAUCCUGCUCGUCCUCAUCCAGAACUUUGAGCUGCACAUGUGCAGGCAAUUAAUGAGUUAUCCGGGCGACAAACGAUCCCCGGACAAGCUCAACUCUAUUGGUGGCAGUGCAGCCGGAGAGGUGACAUUGCCGGGGGCCAACAAUGCUGCAGAUGGCAAGCGGGCGAACGGAAGGUCGGCUCCCAGCCAGCCGGAGGAGAUUUUCAGUGCCCCAGCCGAUGAGGGCUACGACGAGUAUCCGAUGGUUGUUCCCAAGAGAGCAGCUCUACUUCUCGACCGACUAAUGGUGGCACUGCAUCAUGCCCUUGAGCAGGAGAGGAGUGAACAGCGAAUUGGAGACUUCUUUGGGGAGAAAAGCCUUCUGAAUGGUAAACUAGGAGAAUAUCACAACGGAUUGGAACCCCAUCAUGUGAGGGAGGAUGGCAUGUACAGUGAUGAUGAUUCGGGAACAAUGAUGGAUUAUGAUUUCAAAGAUUUGAACCAGAUCAAUCGCGCCACUGGCGAAACAAGAAGAGCGGGCGCCGAACGAUCUGGAACUUCCAACAUUUCCGGUUCCCCAGCUGGUCCCAGGCGUAUCCAGCCAUCCGGAUCCGGCGGUGGCCGAGCCUACUGGCGUUGUUAUUUCAAUGCCGUUAGCUGCUUUUAAAGAAACUAACAUCAAAAUCAAAAAUAUUAUAUAAAAUUCCAACUGAUCUUGAAAGAGAUGUUUUAAGAAAUGUUUCGCUGCCGAUGUGAAAGCUGCUGUU